GCGCGGGCGGAGGGGAGAAGGAGGGGUGCGCGCGGCGGCCAGCCCGCAGAAGGCGAGAGCCGCGCAGGAGGACGGAGCGUCCGCCGCGAGCCCGUCGGAACCGAAAUGCAGCUGUCAGAGCAACUUGGAAGGGCUGAGUUGAACCCCAGGGACAGCGAUGUGGAUUCCUUGGCUUUCUCUAUGGCCAUCCUCAUCCGAGACCAGUGUGCUGCAGCGGGAGUGGUAUUCAUUCAGAGCACCUUGCAAUCUUUGACCCCUCAAAUAUCUAAUUUAUAUCCACUGUGAUCAGCUCGCUCCUAACUUGCCAGAGCCAGACCCAGGAUUCCAGAGUAACCAGACCCCUCCCAAGACGGAGACUAAUUUCGGAUUCCCUGGUGGAGGAAAAUAAAACGCUCUGGUCUCGCUUCCAAUGAUGCAAGUGUGAUCGUCAGUGUCUUCAUGAGCUCCAGAGGUCACAGCACACUACCACGGACUCUCAUGGCCCCUCGGAUGAUUGCUGAGGGAGACGUAGGAGGCAUCGCUCAAAUCACCUCCUCUCUCUUCCUGGGCAGAGGCAGUGUGGCCUCCAACCGGCAUCUCCUCCAGGCUCGUGGCAUCACCUGCAUUGUUAAUGCUACUAUUGAGAUACCCAAUUUCAACUGGCCCCAGUUCGAAUAUGUCAAAGUGCCUCUGGCCGACAUGCCUCAUGCCCCCAUUGGACUAUACUUUGACACGGUGGCCGACAAGAUCCACAGUGUGAGCAGGAAGCAUGGGGCCACCUUGGUGCACUGUGCGGCAGGGGUGAGCCGCUCAGCCACCCUCUGCAUUGCUUACCUGAUGAAAUUCCACAGUGUGUGCCUGCUGGAGGCAUACAACUGGGUGAAAGCCCGGAGGCCUGUGAUCAGGCCCAAUGUGGGCUUCUGGAGGCAGCUGAUAGACUACGAGCGCCAGCUUUUUGGGAAGUCGACAGUUAAAAUGGUACAGACACCUUAUGGCAUAGUUCCAGAUGUUUAUGAGAAAGAGUCCCGACACCUGAUGCCUUACUGGGGGAUUUAAUGCCAGCAAAGCCUGCAUCAGCAGCCCCUCCAGCAGUACCAGCAUCUGCUACACAGUGUCUGCUCCCCUCUUCACCUUUCUUUUCAAAUGGUUGACUUUUUGGUUCUCCCUGAAGUGUUCAGGUUUAUUUUAAGAGGUAGGGAGGAGGGGAGGAACAUAAGGGGAAUACAUACAUUGCUAAUAACAUUUUUAAAACUAACAUUUUGGAAUAGUGUUUAUGAAAAUCUUUGACUAGCUCUUAAAUCAUUUUUAAUAAUUUGAACAGUUUAAUAAACUGAUUCUGCUCUAUCUUGAAUCCCAUGCCUUUUGGCAUGAAAGGUGCAAGAGAAGCUCAGUGCAAAAAUCACUUUGGGCUAAUCCUGUAGAGACAAGCUUUGCCUAAGGCUUCUGACCACACAAGUGCUUAGGAAGAUUGAUACCGUCUUCAGUCUCUACUGGAUUAGCCCUACUCUUUCCUUUUCCCUUUAUUAUUUAGUAUCUUUGUAAGGUAAAAAACAUCUUUAUUAUUUAGCUGUUAAUUAUAACAAAAUCUGCUGCAAACACCCUCUUGGAAUCAAUGUGCCCCAGACUAUAUUAUUUUUAAUAAACCUGACUGCUUAA